AUGUCUCUUCCUAUAAGAAGAGCUCGAUUCUCGAGCUUGGGAAGGACUUCUUUCUUUAGACGUCCCAUACCUAUAUUCCCUCGAAGAACUUUCACAGAUCAGCGAAAACCUCCAAGACCAGACUCUGGGAACUCAACCGUCUGGGCACCAAAAACUAGAAUCGUUGUUGGUUUCGUCUUUAUUGGUGCUUUAGUUUACAACAUGGUAUGGAGUAUUCGAUCAAUACUCAGGCCUCGGGCUUCACUUACACCUCAGCAGGCAACAGAAGAACCAGCCAAAUUGGACUCCCCUACUAUUGCGGAAAGAGAUACUCUCACCAAACGUGAAUCCGGAGUUACGGAGAAUUCGCCUAUGCGAUUGCGAAUGGAAGCAUUCAUCAAACAACAGCAGAAGGAAAUUGUCCACGAACUAGAACAGGUUGACGGCAAGAAAUUCCAAGUCGAUACAUGGAACCGGGAACAUGGAGGUGGAGGUAUCUCGAGUGUAUUGCAAGACGGGAAUGUAUUCGAGAAGGCAGGUGUGAACAUCAGUGUGGUAUAUGGAACAUUACCACGGCCUGCGAUAGAGAAAAUGCGAGUCAACCAUAAGGCUAUCGACCCCGAAGUUCAGUCCCUCGACUUUUUCGCUGCAGGAUUGAGUAUGGUUCUCCAUCCAGUGAACCCAAUGGCGCCAACCGUCCAUCUUAACUAUCGAUAUUUCGAAACUGAAAACCCAGAUGGUACACCUUGCGCAUGGUGGUUUGGCGGAGGAACGGAUCUUACGCCCAGUUACCUAUUCGAUGAAGAUGCUAUUCAUUUCCACAAGACGAUCAAAGAAGCAUGCGACAACCACGAUAAAGCAUACUAUCCUCGAUUCAAGAAGUGGUGCGAUAACUAUUUCUGCAACAAGCAUCGAGGGGAAACGCGGGGUAUUGGAGGCAUCUUCUUCGACGAUUUAGACGAGCAAGAAAAGGAUCAAGAAAACACAUUCGCGUUUGCGCAGAGUUGUUUAAAGGCCUUCCUUCCCUCAUAUCUCCCCAUCAUCAACAAGCGAAAAGAUAUGCCAUAUACCGAAAAAGAAAAGGAAUGGCAACAAAUUAGGAGGGGCCGAUAUGUGGAGUUUAACUUGGUACAUGAUCGAGGCACGGCUUUUGGUUUAAACACACCAAGCGCGAGAGUGGAGAGUAUUUUGAUGAGUUUACCUUUGACUGCUAGUUGGAGGUAUAUGUAUGAACCCGAAAAGGGAAGUAGGGAACAGAGGUUAGUGGAUGUUUUGAGAGAACCUAAGGAAUGGGUUUAG